GGUAGGGGGGAGAUGAUGGAGAGGAAUUAUGGCGGUGGAAUUGGAGGAGGAGGGUGCUUCCCGUACGAGAAUGGGGUGGUGAUGACCAGAGACCCGAAGCCGAGGCUGAGGUGGACGGCUGAUCUCCACGACCGGUUUGUCGAUGCUGUCACUAAGCUUGGUGGCCCCGACAAAGCAACUCCCAAGUCUGUGUUGAGGUUGAUGGGCAUGAAGGGCUUGACAUUGUAUCAUUUGAAGAGCCAUUUGCAGAAGUACAGACUUGGACAACAAUCAAGAAGACAAUGUACGGCAGAACAAGCCAACGAGAGCAGUGGGGGCACAUGUGUACAAUUUGGUAAUCAUUCCUCAGGGACCAGUCCCAAUUCUUCAAGAGGUGAUAAUGAACAAGGAGAAAUCCCAAUUGCAGAAGCACUCAAGUGUCAGCUUGAAGUUCAGAAAAGAUUACAAGAGCAGCUUGAGGUACAGAAGAAACUGCAGAUGAGAAUAGAGGCUCAAGGGAAGUACUUGCAAGCUAUAUUAGAGAAAGCCCAAAAGAGUCUUUCCCUUGAUAUGAAUGGCCCUAGUACUAUAGAAGCAGCAAAGGCACAAUUAACUGACUUCAAUUUGGCCUUAUCAAGCCUCAUGGAGAAUAUGAAUGAAGGAGAUAGAAAAGAAAAAAUGCUACAGAUGAAUGAAAUUUACAGAAAGGCCAAUGGAUCAGGCAUCCAUAUUUACCCACAGGGAGGCCAGGAAGAAGAAGAUAAAGAUGUCAAGCUCAAAGUUGAGGGGGGCUUGAUACAGUUUGACUUGAACACAAAAGGAAAUUAUGAUUUUGUUGCUGCAAAUGGAGCUGAAUUGGAAUCCAAUAUGCUUGCCUAUAGGAGAUAGAAAAUUUUAUAUAUAAUGUCUUACACUUAAUUUGAUGACAUAAAAGUCACCUUUUACUGCCUGCUUUAUAUAUGUUUGUAUUGAGUUUUAACAAUUGUAGCCAACAGAUGUAUAAUAUACCUUUACU